CGUUUUACUUGUUGCUGAUAAAUUUGACAUCCAGAUGCAACUCAGGAAAAAGAAAAACAAAUAAUUUUCUGUAAUUUUCUCACAUAAUCUCAGAAUAAAGCGACAUUUAACGUAUUUCUUGUACAUAUUUUAAUCCUAAAACAUGAACAGACUAUUUGGAAGAGGAAAGGCCAAAGAGCCACCCCCGAACAUGACGGAUUGUAUCGCUGGAAUUGACAGCAGGGGUGAAUCUAUUGAAAAGAAAAUUGCUAAAUUAGAUCAGGAGCUGGUGAAAUAUAAAGAUCAGAUGAAAAAGAUGAGGGAUGGACCAUCAAAGAAUAUGGUAAAGCAGAAAGCUAUGAGAGUGCUGAAACAGAAAAAAAUGUAUGAACAACAGAAUGAGCAACUAAGGAACCAAUCUUUUAACCUUGAACAGGCUAAUUUCGGUAUACAGUCUAUAAAGGAUACAAAAACAACAGUAGAUGCAAUGAAAGUUGGAGUGAAGUCUUUUAAAAAAGAAUACAAAAACAUUAAUAUAGAUCAGAUUGAAGAUCUUCAAGAUGAGAUGGAAGAUUUUACUGAGCAGGCUAAUGAAAUCCAGGAGGUUAUGGGACGUAGUUAUGGGAUGCCUGACAUAGAUGAUGCUGACCUGGAUGCUGAAUUAGACGCAUUAGGUGAUGAGCUUGGGAUGGAUGCAGACACCUCCUAUCUCGAUGAGGUGAAUGCUCCAAGCGUUCCCACUAGGGUACCUGGAGCAGAUAGCGUCACUAAUAAGGAUGGAGUGCCAGUUGAUGAAUUUGGACUUCCCCAAAUCCCUGCCAGUUAGAACUAUUUAUGUUUAUCUUGUGUCCUUUUGUGUUAAAGACAUCAUACAUUAUGAUACAGAUAUGGACUCUAAGUGAAUUCAACAGUAAAUGGAUUAUCGUGGAUUGGCAAUACCAGUAGACAGGACAAUAUAUUCUAUGUACAUAUGUAUUAACUAUUACUCAAUAUCAAUGGAGAAUAUAUCAUAGGAGCAAUUGUCAAUGAGGCUGAGUUAGCAAACUAGUGAGAAUCCAACUUGAAUAACUGAAACACCAGGAGACUUGUAGAAGCCCAAGGGAAUGAUUCUUACAUGUAUGUUUUGCAUCAGCUCUUUCCCUUUGUUUUGGAUAAUACGAUUAUAAUUUGACAAGAUGUAAACAUCACUAAGUCUUAAGCUUUUUGAAAAGACCCGAUGCCUAUCGAAAGUGUUAAGUGAUUUUAUAUGAUUGUUAUAGACCUCAUACAUUGGUACAAUAUGCUUGAUGCAAGAUCUGGAAUUAAAUCUUAUCUUUUGUACAAAGAUUAAAAUAAAGUGUAAACUAGACAACAGCAACGCCAAAACGUAGCAAAUCCCAUCAAACAGCCAUGACUGG